CCCCCUACUUUGCACUAACCAUUUCUCUCUCCAACCAAGCUAGCUGAGCGCAACACUCGGUAAUUCCCACGCCAUCCUCCAUUUCUCUAACUCUGCAACUUCGCUUAAUUGGCAACACACCAUGAUUUCCAUUGCAUCUACCACCACCAACAAUUCUGUUGCUGUUGAGACGGGGGAUAUCUCCCCUACUAUCAUCUCCGACGUCAUUUCUACCUCACCGCAGAAGCAGCAGCCAACCACCGCUCUUGACGAUCAUCAUGUUUUCAAAUCAAAGCUUCCGGACCUUCCCAACAUCUCCAAUCACCUCCCUCUCCACACCUACUGCUUUGAAAACGUCUCCGACUUCUCAGACCGACCCUGUCUCAUCGUCGGUUCCACCGGGAAAACCUACUCCUUCUCUGAAACUCACCUCAUUUCCCAAAAGACCGGAGCCGGCCUCUCAAAGCUUGGCAUCGCCAAAGGCGAUGUCGUCAUGAUCCUUCUCCACAACUGUGCCGAGUUCGUUUUCGCAUUCAUGGGAGCUUCCAUGAUCGGUGCAGUCACUACCACCGCCAACCCCUUCUACACCGCCUCCGAAAUCUUCAAGCAGUUCAAGGCUUCCAAUACCAAGCUCAUCAUCACUCAGUCCUCUUACGUAGACAAGCUCCGGCACUCCGGUGCUGACUCUGACAAAUACCCCAAACUCGGCCAAGACUUUCAAGUAGUCACCAUCGACGACCCUCCGGAGAACUGCUUACAUUUCUCAGUCCUCUCCGACGCCAACGUAAACGAGCUUCCGGAGGUUUGUAUUGAUCCAGAGGACCCUGUGGCGUUACCUUUCUCUUCAGGGACUACAGGGCUUCCCAAAGGAGUGAUUCUAACUCACAAGAGUCUCAUCACAAGUGUGGCUCAGCAAGUGGACGGAGAGAAUCCAAACCUGUACUUGAAGGACGACGAUGUCGUUCUGUGCGUGCUGCCAUUGUUCCAUAUCUACUCGUUGAACAGUGUUCUCUUGUGUUCUCUCAGAGCAGGGGCGACUGUUUUGGUAUUGCAUAAGUUUGAGAUAGGGACGCUUUUGGAGCUCAUACAGCGGUACAGGGUGUCUGUGGCGGCAGUGGUGCCACCGCUAGUGAUAGCGCUGGCGAAGAAUCCGAUGGUGGCAGACUAUGAUCUCAGCUCCAUUAGAGUGGUCUUGUCCGGUGCAGCGCCGCUGGGAAAAGAACUAGAGGAGGCGUUGAGGAGCCGUGUACCUCAGGCAGUCUUAGGCCAGGGUUAUGGGAUGACAGAGGCAGGACCGGUGCUAUCCAUGUGCCUGGCUUUCGCAAAGCAUCCUUUUCCAACGAAGUCAGGGUCCUGCGGUACCGUGGUUCGGAAUGCAGAGCUCAAAGUCAUCGAACCCGAAACCGGUCGCUCCCUCGGCUACAACCAGCCCGGCGAGAUUUGCAUCCGUGGCUCUCAGAUUAUGAAAGGAUAUCUGAACGACGAUGAGGCGACGGCAACCACUGUUGAUGUCGAGGGAUGGCUUCAUACCGGUGACGUUGGUUAUGUGGACGAUGACGAUGAGGUUUUCAUCGUUGACAGAGUUAAGGAGCUCAUCAAAUUCAAAGGCUUCCAAGUGCCACCAGCUGAACUAGAAUCCCUACUCGUAAGCCACCAAUCCAUUGCAGAUGCAGCUGUUGUUCCGCAAAAAGAUGAUGUUGCUGGGGAAGUUCCGGUUGCAUUCGUGGUUCGAUCUAAUGGUAACGAGCUCACUGAAGAAGUCGUAAAAGAAUUUAUAGCAAAGCAGGUGGUGUUUUACAAGAGACUGCACAAGGUGUACUUCGUGCAUGCAAUUCCCAAAUCACCGUCUGGAAAAAUCUUAAGAAAAGACCUCAGAGCCAAGCUAGCUACUCAAAACGUCUAGCUAUAGCUACCAGCUGCCUCUCGUACUCCAAAUACUCCACGUUUUAUUUACUUCGAUUCUUGUUACAGUUUUUUAAAAUUUGUUGUGAGAUGGCAUGGCUCAAUUGCCUUGCACCAACGUACCUACUAAAUAUAGAAUAUAAGUGGAUCGAUCAUGAUCGAAUUGUAUCAUAAUUUUGAUCGAUGUUGUGAGUUGUAGUCUUUAUUUUGUUUUCCAAACAGCGUGAACUCCGGCAUCCACCUUGUAAUUGUUUGAAUAAGAUUUGCAAUACCAUACGUACUCAAUGA